AUUGGAGCUUGUGGUUUAGAGAUGGACAGCUGGACUCUCCAAGGGGACAGUUACUCCUUUUUGCGCAGUGCACCGCGCACCUUUUCUCUCUGUCACCGUGACGGUACUCCUAACCACGUAGAGAUCUUUGACAUUAUUAAUACGCCCAGCCAGCGCAGUGCCAUUUCUGAGACCACCUGCCUGUGUGACAUUUUUGGAGACGACUGUGAAGCAGCUUCACUUUCGAGCAGUCCCGCUUCAGCAGCUUUUAGCCCACAGCAGACAGAGGUGGGGGAACCUACGGUGGCCUCACCCACACUGGAUGACAAUAACGACUCCUCCUCUUAUCAUACAGCUCAUAGCUCCAGUGAAGAAGAGGAGGGGCUUGAGGACCCAAAUGAGAAGCAGAACUGUCCUCAUUUACAAAGUUUAAAAGAAGAACAGACACCUCCUGAAUUUCCUGGAACAACCAACACGACACAUUGCAGUAUUUCCCCUGUACCUCAGGAACAGGCAGAAAGUCCAGACCUCAAAACAGUUUGUGAUGGGAUAUUACCAGAGAACAAAACCCCUCAAACUCACAGCCUAGAGGGAAGUUGUAACUCUUUAUCUUCAUCUUUAGUUGAUGUUAGGUACACACCUUCACCCUCAAGCUCAAGAAAAGGUUUCUCUGAAACAGAAAGCAGGAGAACUACUCCUGCUUCUAAGGACAGACAUAGCAGUUUGUCACAGCACACUCCCACCCCUGAGUUGGAAAACUGUGUCAGCUCCUCUGCAUCUGUUACCACACAACCUGAUUUUUGGGAAAUAUCUUCAGAAUCAGAGAGCAUCUCCUGA